AUGUAUGCAGCACAGAAAACAAAACAGGAUGUGGUUAACCAAAAUACCAUAUCUCAGAAAACCCAACCCAUGUCUGCAGCACACAAAACAAAUACCCCUGUCUAUGAAAGUGCCAUGAUUGGUACUCAUGAUCCUGUUUAUACAGAUCAUGAACUUGAAACAUAUGCAACUGAUGUUGCCGCAUUUGUGGAGGGAUCAGUCACCUCUGUGGAAAAGAAAAAUGUCAGAUCUGUUGAGUUGGCUUUGAUUGAUGCUCAGGGAUCAAAAAUUCAGGCUACUAUACCUGGUAGAAUGAUGAAGGAUUUUAUGAAAUAUUUCAAAGAUGAAGGUGUUUGCAGGAGGCUAUCGCGCUUUGAUCACGGACUUAAUAUAAGUGGAGGUUACCGUUGCUCCAAACACGAGUAUAAAAUUGUGUUUGGAUCUGACACACUGGUUGAAUCAGCUGUUGAUUUAGAAAUCCCUAAUCAUGUUUUUGAAUACACUCCAUUUGCAGAAAUCACAAAUUUCGUAGCAAACUUUGACUACUGUUUUGCUAAGGUUUCGGCUACAACGAAUCUUUACAAUGGUAGGAUAUAUCUCAAUGAUAUGACCAUUCCUGAUAUAUACGAGAUGGAACAAGAUGAGAUCAAGGGUGCCAGUAUCAACAAGAUUUCACUGCUCUCAUCCAUUUCAGGGUAUACAUCAUUUGAGGACUUUGUCCAUGAUGCUGAGAUGUUAACUUUGUCUGGGAUUUCUGAAUUGGACCAGGGAACUGAUGAUUACCCUGAGAUUCUGGAAGAGAUAGUUGGAAAAAAAUGUUUAUUUAGGCUGGAUGUAUCUAAUUACAAUAUUAGGAACAUCACCAGUGAGAUAUCUGUUGCCAGAGUUACUACUGAUGCAGAAAUAAUCAAGAAAUAUCUUGAUGUUGUUUCUGAUGAUCAGGAAAUUGAUCCAGAUUUAAGUUCAGAAUUCUAUCCCAAUGUUACACCAACUCAGUAUAGCACUGCUAAGACAGCUAUUUCGUGCACUGACGAAACUGAGUUGGGAUUACCUGGAGAUGAAUCAGUUGAUAGCCCUCCUCCAAAAAAGUCUACAUCUGCACAUUAUGGUGAAGAAAGUGUGAAGUCUUGUCCCAGCAAGCGUGCCAGGAAGCUCUGA